AUGGAGCGUGGUUACGGCCACGGCCCAGGCAAUGGUGACUUGAAUAGGACCGUGGACCGGGGCGUGAGGGGUGACGAUGCGGCGGUGACGCAGGGCGUGCGCGUGGGCGAGACGGCGGCCAGCGCGGUGGCACUGAGCGUGGCGCAGGCGGCGCGGGUGAACGUGGAGGGGGGCUGCGCCCUGCCCGACCCCUGCGACUCGGGGCCCUGCCCCCCCCACAGCUACUGCAGCGACGACUGGGACAGCUUCUCCUGCCGCUGCCACCCCGGCUACUUCGGUGACAGCUGCGUCAGCGCUUGUGCCCUCAACCCCUGCCAGUCCCCGGCCACCUGCGCCCGCAAACCAGGCUCGGCACAUGGUUACACAUGCGAGUGUCCCCAAGGUCACUUCGGUCCCUACUGCGAGCACAAGGAGGCCCAGCCGUGCCCGCGGGGGUGGUGGGGCCACCCCACCUGCGGCCCCUGCAGCUGCGACGUCACCAAGGGCUUCGACCCCGACUGCAACAAGACGACGGGCGAGUGUCGCUGCAAGGAGAACCACUACCGCCCGGCGGGCAGCGACUCUUGCCUGCUCUGCGACUGUUACCCCACCGGGUCCCUGUCCCGCCUCUGCGAUGCCACCAGCGGGCAGUGUCCCUGCAAGGCCGGCGUCAUCGGCCGCCACUGCGACCGCUGUGACAACCCCUUCGCCGAGGUGACGGCCAGCGGCUGCGAAGUCAACUACGACAGCUGUCCCCGUGCCAUCGAGGCCAGCAUUUGGUGGCCCCGCACCCGCUUCGGGCUGCCCGCCGCUGCCCCCUGCCCCAAGGGAUCCAUCGGCACAGCGGUCCGGCACUGUGACGAGCACAAGGGCUGGCUGCCCCCCAACCUCUUCAACUGCAGCUCCCUGGCCUUCGCCGCCCUCCGGGCCUGGGCGGAACGACUGUCGCGGAACGAGUCGGCGCUGGACCCGGCGCAGUCGCGGCGCGUGGCCCUGCAGCUGCACGAUGCCACCCGCCGCACGGCCGCCUACUUCGGCAGCGACCUGCGCCUGGCGUACCGGCUGGCCAGCCGCCUGCUGCAGCACGAGAGCGCCCAGCGCGGCUUCCGCCUGGCCGCCACCCAGGAUGUCCACUUCACCGAGAACCUGCUGCGGGUGGGCAGUGCCCUGCUAGACACCAGCAACAAGCGGCACUGGGAGCUGAUCCAGCAGACGGAGGGGGGCACGGCCUGGCUGCUGAAGCACUUCGAGGACUACGCCAGCGCCCUGGCGCAGAACAUGCCCCAGACCUACCUCAGCCCCUUCACCAUCGUCACCCCCAACAUCGUGGUGUCGGUGGUGCGGCUGGACAAGGGCAGCUUUGCGGGCGCCCGGCUGCCGCGCUACGAGGCGCUGCGGGGGGAGAAGCCCCCCGACCUGGAGACCACCGUCAUCCUGCCCGACAGCGUCUUCCGGCCCCCCGAGGGCAGGCACCCCUCCGCUGGGCACGGGCAGCCACCACAGGGCACGGGUGGGCAGGAGGAGGAGGAAGGGGAGGAUGAAGAGGCUACAGAGGAGGAGGAGGAGGAGGAGGAGGAGGAUGAAGAGGAGGAGGUGACCCUGGUGACCCGGCACAAGCGCCACCCGGCACUGGGCGAGGGCCAGGCCAUCGCCAGCGUCAUCAUCUACCGUACCCUGGCCGGACUCCUCCCCGAGCAGUACGACACCGACAAGCGCAGCCUCAGGGUGCCCAAGCGCCCUAUCAUCAACACGCCGGUGGUGAGCAUCAGCGUGCACGGGGGGGGGGCACGGGCACCGCGGGCGCUGGCGAAGCCCAUCACCCUCCAGUUCCGGCUGCUGGAGACCCAGGAGCGCUCGAAGCCCAUCUGCGUCUUCUGGAACCACUCCCUGCUGGUGGGCGGCACGGGUGGCUGGUCGGCGCGGGGCUGCGAGGUCGUCUUCCGCAACCGGAGCCACGUCAGCUGCCAGUGCCACCACCUGACCAGCUUCGCCGUCCUCAUGGACAUCUCCCGCCGCGAGAACGGGGAGAUCCUGCCGCUGGCGGCGCUGACCUACGCCUCGCUGGGAGUGGGGCUGGCGGGGCUGCUGCUGGCCGUGCUGGCGCUGGGGGGGCUGCGGGGGCUGCGCUCCAACCGCCACAGCAUCCGCCGCCACGGUGCCACCGCCCUCCUCCUCGCCCAGCUCGUCUUCCUGCUCGGCAUCAACCAGGCCGACCUCCCGCUGGCGUGCACGGUGGUGGCCAUCCUGCUGCAGUUCCUCUACAUGAGCGCGGUGGGCUGGGCGCUGCUGGAGGGGCUGCACCUCUACCGGCGCCGCAGCGAGCCCCGCCACGUCGACCGCGGGCCCAUGCGCUUCUACCACGUCCUGGGCUGGGGGCUGCCCGCCUUCAUCACUGGGCUGGCGGUGGGGCUGGACCCCGAGGGCUACGGCAACCCCGACUUCUGCUGGCUCUCCAUCCACGACAGCCUGGUCUGGAGCCUGGCGGGGCCCAUCGCCUGCGCCGUGGCCGUCAGCAUCUUCUUCCUCGUGCUGGCGGCCAGGGCCACCUGCGCCACCCCGCAGGGCUUUGAGAAGAAGGGCACGGCCUCCGGGCUGCAGACGGCGGUGGUGGUGCUGGCGCUGCCCAGCCUGGCCUGGCUCCUGGCCCUGCUCUCCGUCAACAGCGACGCUCUCCUCUUCCACUACCUCUUCGCCGUUUCCAACUGCCUCCAGGGCCCCCUCAUCUUCCUCUUCUGCGUGGUGCUGAGCAAGGAGGUGCGGCGGAGCCUGCGGCUCAGCUGCGCCCGCAGGCGCAGCCCCGACCCCGCGCUGGCCACCAAAUCCACCCUGACCCCCGCUUAUGGCUGCGACAGCACCUACGUGGCGGGGCGGCUGUACCCAGCACCCGCCGGCGGCUCCACCGGCUCCCUGCACAGCACCGCACGCUCGGGCAAGAGCCACCACAGCUACAUCCCCUUCGUGCGCCGGGAGGACUCGGGGCUGGCGGGCAGCCCGGGUCAGCGGGCGCUGGCCGAGCCAGGAGGGCUCUUCCUCGACGCCCAGGACCAGCCUGAGGAGCACGACACAGACUCGGACAGUGACCUGUCGCUGGAGGAUGACCGGAGCGGCUCCUAUGGCUCCACGCACUCCUCCGAGAGCGAGGAUGAGGCCCCCCCCGCUGGCUGGGACACCUUGCCCGGGCCCGCCCUGUCCCCCCCAGCCCCUGGUGACAGCCUGGUGGCCCCAGGGCGGCCGUACUGGCCAGGGGAAUUCAUGACGACGGCCAGCGAGAGCGAGGGGCACGGGGGCAGCGAGACCCUGCGGGUGGAGCCGGCGGGGGGCGAGGGACCCCCCCGGGGCGAGCCCCCCCCGCCUAACGGCGAGGCGCUCCCCAGGGACCCCCCGCUGCUGCCCCUGCCACACCCCCACAAAGGCAUCCUGAAGAAGAAGUGCCUGCCCCCCAUCAGCGAGCGGGGCAGCACCCAGCGCUCGGGCCCCCCCCCGCCACCUCCCGCGGGCACCGCCACCUCCUCGGGCAGCGAGGGCAGCCGGGUGGGGGGCACCGGCGCCCCCCGCCCCCGCCAGACCCUGCAGGAGCAGCUCAGCGGCGUCACCCCCAUCGCCAUGAGCAUCAAGGCGGGCACCGUGGAUGAGGACUCCUCCGGCUCUGAAUUUCUGUUUUUUAAUUUUCUCCAUUAACCCGUGGGGGCUGGGGGGCUCCCUGCCCCCCCCCCCCUUCAUCUCCCCCCCGUCUGGGCGAGCGCUGGGUGCUGCGGGCGCGGAGGGCACCCUGGCACCCGCCUCACCCCCGAUCACGCAUCCGUCUGUCUUGUUUUUUAUUCCCCACCCACCCCACCCACCCUUCGUGCCCACCCCCUGCCCGUCUGUCUGUCCGUCCGUCCCCCCCAGGAGCGACGAGACCUCCAUCUAACAGGGAUCUGGAGAGCACCCUCUGCUCGUGCCACCACGCUGGGGACACUGGGAUGGGGGCAUCAGAUGGGGGGGGCACUGGGACAGGGGGUGGCACCAGGAUGGGGGGGGGCAUCAGGAGGGGGCACAAAGCCGGAGAUACACCCCCCCCCCAUUGCACUUUGGAUCCUGGCAGGGAUUUGCCCCUCACCCUGUUGGCACCUUGUGGGGGGGGAUGGGGUGUGGCAUAGGGUGCCCCCCACCCUGCUCCCCCCCCGCCAU